AAAGAUGAAAAUCAAAUCAAGAAGUACUUGAGAGUGAGAAGAAGACUUGAGAAAAUGGUUUGGAUUAUUUCUUGGAACAGUUCUUAUUACUUCAAAGAAGAUUACAAAGUAUUACAAGAAAGUCAACAAAAUGAGCCUAAAAGAGCAAUAAUGCUCAUGUGUUGGCUUAAUUAUGUUCUUGUUUCUAUCGUGCUGCUGAUUCCUACCUCCAUAGCUCGGCCCGAAGUUAUUGUCGCAAGCCAUGGUGCAGUUGCCACCGAUGACCGUCGAUGUUCCAAAAUUGGUGUGGAUGUUCUCCGUGAAGGAGGACAUGUCAUUGAUGCUACAGUGGCUGCGGCUCUCUGCCUAGGGGUUGUUAGUCCAGCAUCGAGUGGCAUUGGUGGAGGAGCUUUUAUGUUGUUCAGAUCAACCAGUGGAAAGUCUCAGGUUUUCGAUAUGAGGGAGACUGCACCUUUCCUAGCUUCUGAGAAUAUGUAUGAUGACAAUGUCGCAUCAAAAGUAGUUGGGGCCCUUUCAGUUGCCGUUCCAGGGGAACUUGCAGGACUUCACGAAGCUUGGAAACAACAUGGAAAGCUUCCAUGGGCAAGGCUUGUUCAACCAGCUGAACGCCUUGCUCGUUUGGGGUUCAAUAUAUCUCCAAACUUUCAUAUGCAGAUGGUUAAAACAGAAUCAGGGAUCUUUAGAGAUGAAGGACUUAGGAACUUAUUAACAUCAAAUGGAAAAUUGUUGAAUCACGGAGAUAUUGUUUACAACAAGAAACUGGCAAAAACUCUAAGAACUAUUUCUAGGUUUGGUGUCGAGGUCUUCUAUAAUGGUUCAAUCGGAAUUGACAUGAUUAGAGACAUUAGGAAGCUUGAAGGGUUACUGUCAAUGAAGGACUUGCAAAGUUAUCGAGUUAAAAUAAGAGUCCCUAUCUUAUCCCAUAUGAUGGGUCUCGAGAUAAUCACUAUACCUCCUCCUUCAGGAGGUUCUGGAGUGAUCCUUAUGCUUAAUAUUCUAGCUCAAUAUAAACUACCUUCAGGGAUCUUAGGCCCUCUUGGUAUCCAUCGGAAGAUUGAAGCAAUGAAACAUGUAGUUGCUGUAAGGACGAACCUCGGCGACCCUGAGUUCUACAAUGUCUCACAAGUUCUUUCUGACAUGCUCUCGCCCAAAUUUGCUCAACAAUUAAAGAAAACCAUCGAUGAUAACAGGACUUUUGAUCCAAGCCAUUACGGCACAAGAUGGAAUCCAAUCAAUGAUCAUGGCACUAGUCACUUGUCUGUAGUCGAUGGAGAACGGAAUACUGUCUCGAUGACUACCACCGUGAACCACUAUUUUGGAGCACAGAUACUCUCCCCGAGUACUGGAAUAGUCCUGAACAAUCAAAUGGAUGAUUUUUCUGUCCCUGGUAAUGUUUCUGCUCAUAAACUUCGACCAGCACCAGCCAAUUUCAUUAGGCCAGGGAAAAGGCCAUUAUCAUCCAUGUCUCCUACUAUUGUCCUGAAGGAUGGUCAAUUGAAAGCUGUGGUUGGUGCAAGUGGAGGAGGCUUCAUCAUUGCUGGAGUAACAGAGGUUUUGUUGAAUCAUUUUGCAAAAGGAAUGGAUCCUUUCUCAUCUGUGAUGGCUCCCAAAGCUUAUCAUCAGCUGAUUCCAAACAUUUUGAACUAUGAGAACUGGACCAAUGUGUUUGGGGACCAUUUUGAAGUUCCUGCUAAAACAAGGGCAUCCCUUGCUAAAAAGGGUCAUGUCUUAGAAGGGAUUCGUGGAGGGGCAGUUUGUCAGUUCAUUGUUCAAAGUUUUAGCUCAUUGAGACAAGGUAGUGGCGUGGGGAAACUUGUGGCAGUAAGUGAUCCCAGGAAGGGUGGGGCUCCUGCUGGCUUUGAGAUUGUGAAUUCUUGGAUGUCUUUAACAACUUCCAAUGAUGAAGAAAUGUUAGCUGAAUGAUUUCUCUAAUGUCUUAAAGAGACGUUGUUGGAACACUUCGCUUCAAUAUGGAAAAAAUA